CACGUACCUCACAUGACUUGAUAACUGAGAGCCAAACGUCUUAAUUUGUCAUAUAAAUGUCAUGUCGACUUGGCAUCAGCCUCUUACUGAAUUACCGUGAUAUGAUAUAAUCACAAAUUUGUUCGUGGAUUUAGGGGGUAAUGAAGAAACUAUUCUUGUGAGAUUUAGUGGGAAUUAAAAUUCACAGCUGAAAAAACGAGAUUCUGAAAAUUGAACAUGGCCUAUCCGAGACCUAAAGCUGCCACGCCAAGUAUCAAAGCUGAUUUCAAGCUCAUCAACUACCAGGAUUAUGAUGACUUUCUGCUCUCAUCAGGCACAACUCAAGAUAGAUGUUAUUUAGACAGUGAGGAAGUCACCCGGCAGUUUGCGGAAUUAGGCUACAGGAGUACUGGUGAAGCAAUAACUAGAGAAGAGUUCAAGAAACGUGUAGCAGCUGUCAACAGAUAUCUCAAUCCUCGAUAUGAACCAUUCGUGAUGGCCAGCGAAAGAUUGGAAAGCCAUUCAGAGCCAGUUUUAGUCGAGUUGGCAUUGAGAGAAAGAGCCAAUAGAGUUGGGAUUAUUUCGACGAUCAUCUUCUUAAGGUGCAUAGAAAAGGGAGUGGAAAUUUCUGGUUAUAUAGAUUAUGCACACCGGCUAGGGAGUGAAGAUUGGAAACCCAUUUUCACGGGACGAAAGAGAUUGAAGCCAACUGUCACUGAUCUGGGAUUCUACAACUGGCAGACUGGCAGAGUCAUCUCAAAUGAUUCGUUUUUUUACCGUGUGAAGUGUACCAAGCGACAUGGGUUGAUGUAUCAACACGUUUAUGAUAGGUUGAUGAUAAUGGUGGACCCGAAAUCUCCACCCGGAGAAAAUACCACGAAAAAAAAUAUCAAAUCCGAUACAUAUGAACAAGCCUAUCUUCUAGACCACGUUGUUAGACAGAGGAUCUGAAUAGAAGGUGGCUAUACUGACGAUGUUGAAUUUUAAGGUUGAACAAAAUUAUGUUUUAGUUCUAAGUAUGUUACUUUCAUGAAUAAACAAUUUGUAUUCAUGUUGA